GUGCGUGCUUCGCUCUAUAUUGGCAUACAAAUACACGUCCCUGAUAGGACACUAGAUUAGAACUCAUGAGAGCGGAAUACGAGACCAAUGUGUUUGGCACGAUGAAGGUCACAAACGCCGUCCUGCCACACAUGCGCCAACGGAAGUCGGGGCUCAUCGUGUUUCUGGGAAGCCGGGUCGUCUGGCAGGCUAACACACCCGUGCGUCUCGACUGAGUGUAUCCCCGCGCCGCGCGACGAACGACUCACUAGCAGAGACGCAGGUCGCAUCGUCUUAUAUUUCUUCCAAGGCAGCUAUACAUGCCAUCAGUGAAACGCUUGCUGCCGAGGUCGCGCAAUUCGGCAUCCGCGUUCUCCUCGCGAUCCCGGGCGGCUUCCGGACGAGCCAGCUGGAUGGGGACUACACGAUGAACCACCACGUCUCCGACUAUGAUGGGUUUCGCGAAGAGAUACUCAACGCGAUGCAGGAGCGCUGGAAGCAGGCCCAGGGUGAUCCGGCGAAGGCGAUGGAGGUCCUUGUGGACGCCAUCAAGGGAGAGGGCAAGGCGGAGGGGAUGGCGACGCCGUCGUGGCUCCUCAUAGGGAAGCCGACGUUCACGCAGGCGACGCUGCUGAACGAGAGGCUGUCGGAGAAUGUGUCACAGUGGGAGGGGGUCUCGAGGGAUCUGGACUACGAUCGCGUAGAUUCGCACCGUCCGUGACUGUUUGAAUUCAGUAGUACGGCCUACUCGGGCUGCGCUGGCGUCUUGUUGUCUCCGGGCGGUUAUCAAGGCGGGAUUCUUGGAA